CCACUCUCUCACUCCGUUUCGUCCCUAAAACCGAACUUUUCAACAGUAUCGAUAAUCUUUCGGAAACUGCCCCGCUGCGAGGGGAAGAAAUGCCGCUUGUGUCGACGGGAACUCGGCGUAGUGAGCGGCUCUUCUGACAGCUGAGCUCCGUCGGCUGUCCCUCUCUGAUGACACCAUGAGAACCCACACCCGCGGGGCCCCCACAGUCUUCUUCAUAAGUCUGCUGUGGCCCCUGCUCGCCCCGGUGGUGGCGGCAGAAGUAGACCCCAGUGGAGGAAUCCCCUUCAUGGGAGGCAACUACGAUGGUCAUCCUAUGCUGUACUUCAACCGGGGUUACGUGGAGGAGAUGCAGUACGCGGCCGCGGGGACUCAUCGGGACAUGGCGAGGAGGAUCCGCGAGGCUGGCGAAACCAUGCUGGAGCACCCAGAAGUGUACCUGCCCCCCUGGAGCCCCGCGGAGUUCAGUGCCCGCUGGAACGAGGUGUACGGAAACAACCUGGGCGUGCUGUCCAUGUUCUGCCUGCUGUACCCCCACAGGGCCGGGGCCCUCGACCUGGCAAAGGACUACAUGGAGAGGAUGGCGGCUCAGCCUAGUUGGCUGGUCAAAGACGCGCCCUGGGAUGAAGUUCCUUUGGCACACUCUUUGGUCGGGUUUGCCACCGCUUACGACUUCCUGUAUGAGUACUUGAACAAGGGCCAGCAGGAGCGCUUCCUCCAGGUGAUCGGCAACGCGUCACGCCUCAUGUACGAGAAAUCCUACGUCCGAGGCUGGGGCUUCCAGUACCUGCACAACCACCAGCCCACCAACUGCGUGGCUCUGCUCACAGGAAGCCUGGUUUACAUGACCCAAGGGUACCUCCAGGAGGCCUACCUGUGGACCAAACAGGUCCUGUCCAUCAUGGAGAAGUCCAUGGUCCUUCUGCAGGAUGUGACGGACGGCUCCCUGUAUGAAGGAGUGGCCUACGGGACUUACACCACUCGCUCUCUGUUCCAGUACAUGUUCCUGGUGCAGCGCCACUUCGCCGUCAGCCACUUCGACCACCCCUGGCUCCUUAAACACUUCGCCUUCCUCUACAGGACUAUCCUGCCCGGGUUUCAGCGGACUGUAGCCAUUGCAGAUUCCAACUACAACUGGUUCUACGGGCCGGAGAGCCAGCUGGUCUUCUUGGACCGCUAUGUGUUGCGUAAUGGCAGUGGAAACUGGCUGGCAGAUCUGAUUCAUCAGAAUAGGGUGAUGGAAGGGCCAGGGCAGGCUGGGAAAGGCCAGCGAUGGUGUACUCUCCACACAGAGUUCAUCUGGUAUGACCCAGGCCUAAAUCCCAAGCCUCCUUCAGAUUUUGGAACAUCCCAACUCCACUACUUUGAGGACUGGGGUGUGGUGACGUACGGCAGCACUUUGCCUGCAGACACCAACCGCUCCUUUCUUUCCUUCAAGUCAGGGAAACUGGGGGGACGCGCCAUUUUCGACAUUGUUCACAAGAACAAGUACAAAGAGUGGAUCAAAGGGUGGAGGAACUUUAACGCUGGCCACGAGCACCCUGAUCAGAACACUUUCACGUUUGCACCCAAUGGUGUCCCAUUUAUCACUGAGGCACUGUAUGGACCCAAGUACACUUUGUUGAACAAUGCAGUGUUGUUUGGCGCGGCCAUGUCAGGGAGCUGCUUUAAGCCAUGGGCUGGACAGGUUACAGAAGCCUGUGACUCCAAGUGGUUGAAGUACAAGGUGGGGUUGGCGGCUGAUACCCAGGGCAGAGUAGAAGCUGCUAUGGAAAGACAGGGAAUGGUCUUCAUCCGUGGUGAGGGACAUUCCGCCUAUAAUCCAGAGCUGAAGAUCAGGAGCUUCCAGAGGAACUUGCUCCUCCUUCACCCACAGCUCCUCCUCCUUGUGGACCACAUCCACCUGGAUCCAGACAGCCCAACCAGGGCAAUGAGUGCCUUCUUUCACAACACGGAACUUCCAUUCCAAGGUACAAAGAUAGAUGGUGUUCAUGGAGCGUUUGUAUCACAUGGUGAAGAUAAAUAUAAGAUGUUCUGGAUGGAUGACACAGGCUACAGUAACAAGGGAGUGGUAGGUUACUGGAAUUACCCUCGGGGGUACCCAUACAAUGGCUCUAACUAUGUGAACGUCACAAUGCCACUGCGGUACCCUCACACCAGGGUGGCCUACAUUUUCUUUGGACCAGGUGUGGAUGUACAGAGCUUCAGCUUGCGUGGCGAUGACCAGAGAGUGGAUAUUUACCUGGCCACCAAGGAUCACACCUAUACCAUCUACCUGCUGACUGGAGAGGUCACCAGCAAGCCUCUGUUUGCCAUGGUGCUGCUGGACAACAAGAAGAUCGUAUUCGAGAAGGCGGCGGCAGCAGCAGGGGACAGCUCGCCCGAGGAAGUCGAGGAAUACGUCAAUGUGAUGGAGGAUAACCUCCAGCACGUCAAGCCUGUCUUCCAGCAGAUGGAGAGACACAUCCUAGGGCGAGUUCUCAACACGGCCAGCUUCCGUAAGACUGCAGAGCGUCUCCUCCAGUUCUCCGACAAAAAGAAAACAGAGGAGGUCAUCGAGAAGAUGUUUGCGAUGUCUAAGAAACAGGGCAAGAGCAAAGGGGGGAAGAGAGUGAACCUCGGAGAGAAGCUCUCUGAGAGUCUACCUGACAUCUUUGCACAGAUUGAGGUGAGUGAGAAGAAGGAGAGACAGAGGACAUCAAAGCGGACAUAUGAGGACAGUCCAGAGGAGGGAGAUGCAGACUCGCGGGCCUUUAUGGACUACACAGACGGCCGCAAAAACAGAAAGGGGGCUUUUGUCAAGGGCCGCAAAUUCAAGGAGGUUCACAUGGUGGCCACGGCAGGGAGCGAGGGUCUCUCCAGCACAGCCUCCUACAUCAGACUCUUUCUCCUCCUGAACACCGCCACCUUCUUCCUGCUGCUGGCUGUGAUACUGACUCGCUUUCAGAGGGGUCGAAGCUUGCACACGCAGAGAUGUUUCUACACCAUCCUUCUGAUCGACUGCUUCAUCUUACUGUACCUCUACUCGUCCUGCUCUCACACACAGUGCUAACAUCGUGACACACCUCAGUCUGAGCCAGAUCUUAUGCCAGAAUAUUAGGGCUACUUUUAGAAAAAGAUUUAAGAUUUCGAGAAAGUUAUAAUUUUAAAAGCGGUGAUAUUUUGAGAAUGAAGUUGUAAAUUUGCUAGAAAAAAAAUCUUAUGUUAUGAAUGUUUUUAAUUCAUAAAUUAAAUAAUAAUUCAUAAAAGUAUAAUGUUACGAGAUGCUUAUUUAAAUGCUUGUUUAUACUUAGUCUGCGCAGACUUUUCUUAUAAAUUUACAAUCUUCAUACAUUAUGACUUUUUCCUCCAAAUUAGGAACUUAUACUAGUAAUAUUAAUUUUAUCUUUAAUAAUAUGAAUUUUAUUCCCUUAUGACUUUUUUCUUCCAAUUCUAGGUUUAUUUUUAUAUUAUGAUUUUUUCCUAAUCUCUUUCUUCUAAUAGUUUUACUUUUAUUCUCGUAAUAUUAUGACCUUUAUUAUCGUGAUUUUAUGACUUUUUUCUUAAAAUGAUGGGUUCAUUUUCAUAUUAUGAUAUUUCUCUAAUAAUAUUAGGACUUUUUCUAGAAAGUACAACAUUAUUCUCCUAAUAUUAUGAUUUUCUCUCGUAAGGCCAAUUUUCUUUUAUAUAUCCCAAAAUGAAAAAUUUGCCUCAGUAGGAUUUAAGUAUCUGUAUUCUUAUAACAUUAUGACUUUUCCCCAUAAUAUUAUGACUUUAUUCUUUAAAUUUCAGGGUUUUUUCUAACAGUUGCUCUAAUACACAUAAGAUCUACCUAAUGGGUGUUCAGGAAAAACAACUGAUUCCAAAUAGGAAUUGAUGAAUUGCCAAGAUGAAAACCAGACCACCUCUGAUGUAAUAAGCUUCUGUGGAGCUUUAGAACCGAGUCUGUGUGAAGUUUGUCCUUUGUAGUGUUCAGAGGUCCUGCCUUGUAUCAAAGAUCUCAAGGUUAGCCACUAUUAUAAUACAGUUGCCUCAUCUGUACUUGAGAUUGAUUCUGUCCUCACAGUUCAUAGAAAUACAUUUAAAUGUAUAUAUGUGAAAGCAAGAUAUAUUUUUAUGGUCUCUUUUUUUACCAUUUGUAAAUAAAAUUACUACGUGCAUAGGUGUGUAUC